AAAGUUACAUAAAAAUGAAAUUUCAAAAGCUAAACAUGAUUCGGAAAUCUCUUUAUACAAACCUCUUAAAAAUAAUGUUGAAUCACUAAUUGAAAAGCUCACUAAGCUAGAUAUAAAUGAAGAUAAUCAAAAAUUAAAAGAACAGAAUAAUCAACUUAACAUGAAAAUUAACAAAUAUCACAAUAUCAUCCAAAAGACUUAUGGGUUUUUCAAUUUAGAUAGAAUAGAUUUUGAUAAACUUUCAGAUUUAGUUAUUGAACUUAACAAUGUUUGCGAAGUCUAG